GCUGCGCGCAGCCGUUCCCGCGGCGGCCGGCGGGCGGGCGCGCCCCGCGACAUGUAGCCAUGGACUGCAGGACCAAGGAAAAUCCAGAAAGGACCUUUGACUUGGUAUUGAAAGUGAAAUGUCAUGCCUCCGAAAAUGAAGAUCCGGAGGUGCUGUGGAAGUUCCCAGAGGACUUUGCAGACCAGGAAGUACUACAGACUGUGCCAAAGUUCUGCUUCCCCUUUGACGUUGAAAGAGCGUCUCGGAAUCAGGUUGGACAGCACUUUGCCUUCGUGCUGACGGACAUUGAGAGCAAACAGAGGUUUGGGUUCUGCCGACUCACCGCAGGAGGCAAGAUCUGCUUAUGCAUCCUGAGUUACCUGCCAUGGUUUGAAGUAUAUUACAAGCUUCUAAAUACUCUGGCAGAUUACUUGACUAAGGAACUGGAAGACGAUUUGAAUGAAACUCUGAGAUCUCUCUAUAACCAUCCAGUACCGAAGGCAAACACCCCGGUCAACUUGAGUGUGAACCAAGAGAUAUUUUUUGCCAGUGAGCAAGUUCUGAAAGAGCAGCCCUCCUUAGCACGGCAUUCCUGCUUCAUUGCCCCUGAUGUAACUGGACUGCCAACCAUCCCCGAGAAUAGGAACCUCACGGAGUACUUCGUGGCCGUGGACGUGAACAACAUGCUGCAGCUCUUCGCCAGCAUGCUGCACGAGAGGCGCAUCAUCGUCACGUCCGGGAAGCUCAGCACCUUAACUGCCUGUCUGCACGGCUCGGUCGCCCUGCUGUACCCGAUGUACUGGCAACACAUAUACAUCCCGGUGCUCCCCCCGCACCUGCUGGACUACUGCUGUGCCCCCAUGCCGUACCUGAUUGGAAUACACUCCAGCCUCCUAGAGAGAGUGAAAAAUAAAUCACUGGAGGAUGUGGUUAUGUUAAAUGUUGACACAAACACUUUAGAAUCACCGUUUAAUGACUUGAGCAGCCUUCCAAGCGAUGUGGUCUCGGCCCUGAAAAAUAAACUGAAGAAGCAGUCCACAGCUACGGGGGAUGGAGUAGCCAGGGCCUUCCUCAGGGCUCAGGCGGCUUUGUUUGGAUCCUACAGAGAUGCUCUGAGAUACAAACCUGGUGAGCCCAUCACAUUCUGCGAGGAGAGUUUCAUAAAGCACCGUUCAAGUCUCAUGAAACAGUUCUUGGAAACUGCAGUCAACCUCCAGCUGUUUAAGCAGUUUAUCGAUGGUCGACUGGCAAAACUAAAUGCAGGAAAGGGUUUCUCUGAUGCAUUUGAAGAAGAGAUCACUUCCGGUGGCUUUUGUGGAGGGAACUCGAAGUCCUAUCAGCAAUGGGUGCAUACAGUCAAGAAAGGAGGUGCACUAUUCAACACAGCAAUGACCAAAGCAAGCCCUGCUGUACGAACAGCGUAUAAAUUUGCCAAGAAUCACGCAAAGCAGGGGAUAAAGGAGGUGAAGAGCAAGCUUAGACACAAGGAAAACGAGGACGACUAUGGGACUUGUUCCGGUUCCGUGCAAUACACGCCCGUUUACACGUUACAUGGCGAGAGGGGAGCAAACCUAGCCAGGCAUAAGCUUUCCCAGUGUGUCGACCCCUCUCUGCAGUCACGCCUCAGGCCUCUGAAGAGCCUGGACGGAGCCCUAGAUGCUGACGACGAGGAGGACGCCGAGAGAGCCAGCAAGUUGUCCUCUGAAGAUGGAGAAGAAGCUUCUGCUUACUUCUACGAAAGUGACGACUCAUUGGAAACAAGAGCAAAGGCUCCUUCCCCGGGUGAGAUGGACUUGCUGGGUGAGAUCCUGGACACGCUGAGCACGCACAGCUCGGACCAGGGGAAGCUGGCGGUGGCCAAGAGCCUGGACUUCUUCAGAUCGAUGGACGAGAUAGACUACAAGCCCACGAACAAAUCCAACGCACCCAGCGAGAGCAACCUGGCCCUGCUGUGCAGCGGCUCCGGGGACCAGGCUGGGUGGCACCGGGGCCAGGACGACAGCGCCCUGCUCGGCCGGCAGUUGCCUCCCUCGCCCAGGAAGCGGCUGUCGUCCGGCGCGGGCACCGACCCUCUGUUCGUCCUGGAGGAGGAGGCAGGCGAGCGACCCCUCGGCGCAGGGAGCCAGCCCCCGGCGCCAGGGCAGCCGGGCCCCGCUCCAGGCGCUGCAGCGCCCCCUACGGAGAGGAAGGAAACGCUAAGCCCGACUGUGGACGACCCGCCGGAGCCCGGCCUGGGGCGGCGCCUGUCCACGUGUGUCCCCUGGGAGAAAGAAGGGAAAGCGGCUCCAGAGACCGCAGAGGGGCCUGGGCUGCUUCAGGAGGUGGUGUCCUUGUGUCACAGCACGUCUGCUUUCCAGCAAGACCUGCGCAUCUCAGGAGGGGGGGCAAGCGGAAACCAGGCUUAGUCAGUGAACGAAGUGCCUGUCGCAGGCACCCAGCCUUCCACGGAGACAGUCAGGAGCCCACCACCCCGGGUCGUAAACAACGAGUGGUCGGAAAGGCGACUCUUCCUGCUGUCUGAAGUUGUUUUUCGUUUGGGACACUUACCUGUCCGCGCUUUCGUCUCACGCUAUGUCCAUGAUCCAUUGAUUUUUUAAACAUAAAGCUAAUUCUCCUCCUGUGCUCUUCAGUCAGGUACGAGUUUGUAUGUAUGUAUGUUGCAAGUAUAUAUUGAACAUCCGAUUUCCCAGUGUUUGGUGCUUAACGCCACUUAUUUAAAUUAAGUAUGCAUCUAACCCGCGCACAUAACCAGGAGCUACUGUACUAACCUGGUUGAGCAUGACCUGGCCAAGAUAUCAAAACCUAUCAGAACUAGCUUGAAACUGUUGACCCACUAAUUGCCUUAAUCUUAAGCCUAUAUUAAGCAUACUUAACCUAAUUUAUGGGAUUCCAUGUAAAUUCUGAAAGAUAAGUUAUGUGUUCUGCAGAGCAAUAAUGCCUUUUUCAAUUCAUCAAAUCAAGGACAGAAUUCAUUUUUUCAAAGUUUAAAAGCUCUCUUGUGGACACUGCAGCCAUGUUUUCCAAAAAGUAUAAAGGUACACACAUUUACCGGCCACUGAGUGAGGUCCAUGAAGUGGUGAAUUACAAUGUGAAAGUAAUGACUGCUGUUUACAAACGACACUUUCAAUUUCUUCACAGCCUCUCUUUGCCUUCGCUAACUAGGAGUCACCCCAGAAAGCCAGAUGAAACAAAGUGUCCUAGUUGAAAAACGUUCUUGUCUGUUUUUCCCCUAAUAAUUCUCUAUCAGAAUGCUUCAUGACAUCUCAGACUUACCGCUAAAAUGACUGACUUUAUAUUUUGCAAGUUGUAGAUCUACAGGCCCCACGCGGAGCCAGGGCAGCGUCCCCGCGUCUCUCCGCUCAGCACGUCUGCGGUGUUUAAGGUCCUGUAUCUGUGCAGUACGCCUUCACAGUUCCUAAGCCGUGCUUCACGCAGAUGUCCUUGGUUCUCCCCUCACAUCCUGUUUCUGUCCCGCCCCGGGCCCACCUUACCCAUGGCUGUCAUACCUCCUCAGGCUCCUCUUGGAUGUGACCUCCUCUAGACCCUCCUGGUCUUUGACGACCUGAGUGGUUCCGAGGAGGACAGGUCAGGUCUGCUGUCGGACGCGCCGCUGCUGGACCUGUCCAGCAUUUUUGCUGUGGUCGCGGUGGGUCCCGGGGAGGGGCUCACAACAGAAAAGUGCUGUCUCCGUCACCCCAGCCUGCCCCUGGGGCUUGCAAACGUUGCUGCUGGCCGGGGUCAGCCGGCUGAGGAAGCGCUGGUCGGGCUUCUCCUGGGAAAGCCGCGCCUUCCCUCCGGUCCUCCUGCCAUCUCCUGGAGGAGACACCAUGCACGGCCUCCCUGGGGUGGGGCUUGUGCUUCCGGUCUGAAGCAUGGUAUCCACACACAUUACUUGGAAUUCUUCUGCAUGGGACGUGGUCUCUCCUCCCUCAAAUUCACUGUCACACUGGGAAGUUCUGAGAAGGAAUCCUGCAUUGAUUAUUCCUAUGAGUCUAGCCAGUCAUGAAGCAAUCAGGAAAAAAAACAACAGUGAUGUGGUUCCUUGGUUGUUCGCUUGUUCAGUAUAUGUACUCUGUGCAUCCCCAGUCAUGAUUGUUUUCUUAAUUUAUCAUUUUAGGAAAGGUUUGACAAGCCAGUCUAGAACUCCCGUCAAAAACUGUGCUCUAGAAUAUUUACUGAAAUAAGAAUUUAAUUUUCAGUCAAGAUCCUGGAAGAGGCUUUGUUAAAAACAUUUCUUAAGAUACUUAUUCAGAUCAGUCUUUAAAUAAUUUGAGGAAAAUGACUAAGGUUUUCUUUUUUAAAGUAGAUUCCAAAAUCUAAAUGGAUAUAUUUUGGGAGGACAGUUAUUCAUUCAUGUAUAUGAAGGAAGACAGAUCUUGUUUUCCUUAUAAGGAUGAACUCUGUAAGUAUUAAGGGGAAAAGUCUGUAAUCCUUUUUUUAACACAAAAGUAAGAUUCAAGGUUCUUGUUCAAUUUUGCCUUUAUAUACUCAUUACAAAAUUCCAUUUUAUUUAAGUAUAUAAAAAAGUCCAUUUAUCAGAAGAGCUAUUUUAAAUGAGAAGGAAAAACGAACUAUGGUUGUCAAUCUGCUGGGCAGAUAGAUAUUCUUCAUAAUUUUUGAAAAGAAUGUAAAAUAGUCCUUGACUACGAAUAUUGGAAUGAGGCGUUUUUUCCUUUAGAAUUCUCCAUUUGGAGAAUGGGAUCACUGUGAGUGUAGCCUUGAUAGAAUCUGGGUUUUAGUCCAUUUGCCCAAUAAGCUUCAGAGCCUCAGAAAGGUGAGUUCUUCUCUGUCUUAGUCACCUCCCCGGGUGUUUCACCAUGGUGUAUGGUGAGGACAGUCACCCACCGACAAAUCACAUUUGUGUUAAGGUAUUUUAAGCUGGACUUGUGCCUUAUUUUAACAUACAGAAUCAGCUCUGAUAGUCCACAUUAAAAACAAAAACUCAGCAAGUAUUCCUAUUUCAACCUGUUAACAUUUUGAGUAUUCAAAGUCCGCUCUGAGACUAGACUUCCCUGUAUCACAGUGGCUGUAUGGAGAAUGAAGGGACAUUAAGGUGAGUUCUGAAAUAAACGUUAUCUCUUUCCUAUGUUCAUAUUUUCUAUUAAUAACUAGACAAUAUUUUCUAUUAUGUGUAAACUCCCCUGCUGUUUGAAUUUUUCUCCCCUGAAGGAGCAACACCUGUCCUAUGCAGAACUGUACAAACGAGUCCGACCUUUGGUUCUGGGGCCUGUCUUUAUACAGCCUCUAGACAGUCACCAUGCUCCCCAAACCCACUCUAUCUUUUACCCUAGAGGUAUUGCAUCCAUGGUAUUUCAGAGGAUAGCAGAGUCCCGUGUGAAUUUAGGAACUCUUGGUUCAUUAAGUGUCGUUAAGUGGUAUAUUUUAAUGGCUACCUACUUUAGCAUAUUUUAGAAAGGCACCAAAAUAUAGCAUGACUAUUUCUCUGAUUAAAAAUAACUCAUUUGUUUAAGAAAUAUUUAUCAACUCUUGGUACUGUUCAUAGGCAAGGUACAGUAACAGUGGACAUAAGGAAAUAAAAGAAUUGGCCUAGUGCCUGCUGUGCAGGAGCUAAUUAAAAGGAAAAGGAAUUGCAAAUCUCUGUUAAUAAUAACAAGGAUGAUAAUAUAUUUUGCUUAGGAAUUAUUCAGCCAAGAUUCUAUCACCAAAAAAAAAAAAAAAGCCGUUUAAAGCUGCUUAAACUAAAACAUGCUCUAAGUACAGAACCACUGUACCAUCUUUCUCUACUGUUAUACGACGUGCAAGAAUGCUGCUGUCUAGGAGACCUGCUCUUAAAGGACAGAUUCAGAGGCUCUGAGAAGCCGUGUGUUCUCGUCCAGCUGGCUGUCCAGCACCCUCUGCUCCCUUGUACCCAGGCAGCGAGGCUUGGUGCUGAACGUGGCCCCUCGGGACCACCCGGGACCAGUCUCCACUCUGUUCAGGAU